GCGUCUAACAACGGUGCCAGAAUUUAAAAGUGCGUGUUGUCAGCUGCACGUUGUUGACUGUUUCGUGUGCAUCUAAACAUUACUAUUUCCGCAGAGUUUCUAGUUUAGGCUUUCUUGCCCUGCCAAAUUCUGUCUUUAUGAAUAGACGUCUUCGGUCGGCAGCGAAAUGAGCCAGCCAAAUUCCCUGCCUGGUGGUUCAAGUCGAAUGGCAGGUACAGUGCGCAAGCUGCGCUCGCCCACCAAGCGGCCAGCAGUGCCGGGCUUCGGUGGCCUUCGAAGAAGCGUCAGCACCACAGCCAUCAAAGAGAACCAGCGGGUGGGUGUUGCUGACCAACCCAAGAGGCCACGUCCUGGUGCAGCCAUGCCAGUGCCUCUCGGCAGGUUGCAUCGGAAUGUCGCUGGCUCUGCCCUCAACCUUGCAAAUGGGACUGCCAGUGGUCCACGGCCAAAAGGUGCAACCUCCAAUGUGGCACUGGCACCAUCUGCAGCGGGCAAGCGUAAGCCUUGGGAUCUGCAGGGCCGUCUGCACGACCUUGAGGAGCGCAUGAAGAGCGUGACGGGCGAGAAAGAGCAGCUCAGCCAGCAGAGCACCAGCCGGCUGCAAGAGCUCGAGAAGAUUAAUGCACAGCUUCAGGCCGAGCGGGACAAGAAUGCCCAGUUGACCACCAGGGUCUCCGAACUCGAGUCUGCUCUCAGCUCGUCAGAGGCCGAAAAGCGGUCGGCCUGCGCUGAGAGGGACUCCCUGUCCCUGCAGCUGCGUUCAGCCACACAGCAGGUGGCCACUCUGGAGCGAUCUCUCGCCGAUGCCACAGGAGCUCUCGCUGGUCUUCGAUCCGAGCGUGCUGCCCUCAUGGCACAGCAGGAGUCUCUCGAGUCCCAGCGGUCAACACUGGAAGCAGAGAGGGCACGGCUGGAGUCAUCUGUCCACGAGCUCCGUACCAAAGUGGCGGAGCAGGAGGAGCAGCUCAACGCGGCGGAGCUUGACCGUCGCAAGUUGCACAACAGCCUGCAGGAGCUCAAGGGCAACAUCAGAGUCUUCUGCCGCCUGCGUCCACUGCUACCAUCGGAGUCUGCUCCACAGCGGCCAUUUUUGUUGCUGCCAGACGACCGGACGGUCGAGGUGAUGCGGACAGACCCGGAGACGCAGCGGCAGACGGCGCUGACGUUCAGCUUUGAUCGGGUCUUCCCGGGGGUGGCCAGCCAGGGUGAGGUGUUCGCUGAGGUGUCGCAGCUGGUGCAAAGUGCCCUGGACGGCUACCACGUGUGCAUCUUUGCAUACGGCCAAACGGGGGCCGGCAAGACGCACACCAUGGAGGGCCCCGCGGGCGAGCUUGCACUUGAAGACGAGCGGCGAGGCCUUAUCCCUCGUGCCUUACACCAGGUGUUCGAGGAGACGUUGAAGCAGCCACACUGGACGUACACAAUGGUGGCCAGCUUCAUUGAGGUCUACAAUGAGACCCUGCGGGACCUUUUGGUGCCUCCAUCCCAGGCGCAGGCAUCCACUCCAUUGCAGCUCAAGAUGGCACGCAAGGAUGGCCCCGUUGCUGUCGCCAACCUCACCGAGGUCGCCGUCACAUCAGCUGAGCAGAUCAGCCAACUGCUGCGGUGUGCACGAAAGAACCGCGCAGUGGCAGCCACCAAGUGCAACGAGCGAUCAUCCCGGUCACACUCCGUGUUCAGACUUGACAUCGUCGGCCACAACAGUCACAGCGGCCUGGGUUGCCGGGGGCGGCUGAACUUGGUGGACUUGGCCGGCAGUGAGCGUCUGUCCGAGUCCCAGUCAGAAGGGGCACGCCUACGCGAGGCGCAAAACAUCAAUCGCUCACUCGCCAACCUCGGCAAUGUCAUCCUUGCCCUCUCAAACCGGGCUGACCAUGUGCCGUACCGGAACUCAAAGCUAACGCACCUGCUGAUGGACAGCCUUGGCGGGAAUAGCAAGACGUUGAUGCUCCUCAACGUAUCACCGCGUGAGGAGAACAUUAACGAGACAAUCAACUCGCUCCGGUUUGCCACCAAGGUAAACCAGUGCCACAUUGGGACCGCAAGAAAAAACUUGUAAUAAAAAAAAAGUGGUCAAGAUGAACAAGAGCAAGUUGCUCCUGCCGGGACUUUCAUAACUUGCUUUUAAAUUUUGUAACUUGAUGCUCUGCGUCAUGAAUUUUAACGACCCUUUUAAAUUUCGUAACUCGAUGCUCUGCAUCAUAAAUUCUAAUGACUCCAUAUGCCUAUUGUGAAAGCGCAGUAAUUUGCACAUUUUUUUUUUAAUCGUAAUGGGCACCGCAGUGGUGCGGGAGUCUGGCACUAGAAAUGGGGUGUGUGCACUUUGCAUUUAGUAGUUUUUUAUACGGGAUUUAUGAGUUCAGCAUGAAAAGAAAUGCAUUGCCACCUAGCAUGUGACAUUGCUGAGCAGCUCGGUAGCGCGCAAUUUCACGUUCGCUUGCGACUCAAGCCCACGGGAAAGCUGGCGGCUUGACACGCAGAGACAUUGCUGUAGUGGGUAAUGCUUAGGCUUGCCGUUCAUGCCUUGCCAUUACUGAAAUAUUAUGCGCUGUUUGUCUUUGCUUCCUUUUCUUGCACUUGUUCUUUUUUUAGGCAUGCAAGCAUUCAAAUUGCUGCUGUCCCACUUGCGGCAAGAUGUCGAGGCUUCUGUAUUUUGAGGGCAUGAACAGUGACUUGUCAAGUACAAUGCAAAGUUCCUCGAAGAAUGUGUUUUAGCAUGCUCUCCAUGUGCUGACGAUAAAGUAAAUCCUUUUGCUGUGACAUUGCACAACACCCUCAAAGUAGGUCGCAAAGUGGCACACCUUACUGACGUUUUCUAUGGGCAAGACAGCCAACAGUUGUGUUCCAUCGUGGUUGUCGGGCCAUGGUGGCCCUUUCUCGCAAAUGUGUGGCGCGCACAUCUUAUGUCAUUUUUAGAAGUUUAGAUCUGCCCUCCAAUGGCACUGGGGCUGUCCCCCUGUGCAGAAUUUUUUACCUUUGUUUUAUCUUUGCAAUAAUUUUAACGUGGACCGGAUGAAAAUUGUGCAGAAGAUGGCGUGAGUACAGCUUCAUGCCAGUGACCGUGCAUAGCACUGAAGUGCGAAAAGGCAGACAAGCAUGCAUCAGCGCCAACUUCCAACAAAAUUUCGUUGAGCUAAACAACACGGUUGUAUACACGAUUGCCACAACAAAUCUGAAAAAAAAAGCAACCAUCAGAACAUUUGUCACUACAGCACGACACAUGAUUCAUCCAUACCCAGGAAGACUAACUCAUUUUGCAGUACAUGGAUGGUUGCCAUGCUUAUGUGGAUAUGGUGCACAUUGAAUUCAUGUUGCCACUUUGAUUUCACUUGUGCGCUUGCAUGUCUUGUUGAUUUGUUUUUUCUUGCUUGUUUUGAGGAGUGCUCUUUAAAGGUGCCAUAAGCAGUCAUUGUGGAGACUUCGAAGAUGCACUUGUCAGAAGUUUUCAUUGCUUCAAGUUGUAAAAUAAUUACUGUGCGUCUAUCUGUAUCGAAACCGUGUAUUAAAGGCAAUUUGCACGUGGUGCUGGCAGCAUGGUUUCCGAUUGCUACAGCACUGCAUUUUUUUUUGCCUCGGUUAGUCGUCGUUUGUAAGCAUCAGUGUUGGCAUUUCCAUGAAUGUUGCGGCAGGAGUGCUCACAAUGCCGUAGGUUCUCCUGUUUGAAAGCUGAAAGUCCCUGAAUUCAUUCGGGACAACUCCUGCGAUUUUACUAUUUAAAUAAAAUGUCAA